AUGUCAGUAGGUAUUGAGACUUAUGCAUCAGAGCUUAAUGUUUAUGUUUGGCAUGUAUUCAAUGAUCGAGGUUUAUAUAAACCAAAGGAAGAAGUGCAUAUAAAAGGCUAUGUUCGAUUACUGAAAGUAAAAGGGGAAGCAAAAUUACCAACUUAUGCUCAUGGUACAAUUGACUAUACAAUUUAUGAUCCUCGUGGUCAACAACUUCAACAGUCAAAAGUUGAAUUGAAUGAUUAUGGUGCAUUUGAUAUAAAAUUUACAUUACCUGACAAUGUUAACUUAGAAAUUAUUUUAUUUCUUCUUGGUGAUUCUUGA